AUGAUCACAGGAAAACGCCGGUUAAGAGAAAUGCCGAGGAAGAAAGAAGGGGUCGUGGUUGUGUGGAACGACAAAAUCGACGACAGCAAUAAGGAACUGCGAUGGCCAGAUAUCGGAGUCCCGAUUGAGGUCGUAGUAGCAGACCGCAACAGCCUCAACAACCGAUUCGUGCCUUACUCCUGCAUAGAAACAGAUGCUGUAUUAUCCCUCGACGACGACGCCUACUUGCGUCACGACGAAAUCGUGUUCGCGUUCCGCGUGUGGCGUGAAGCCCGGGAUCGCAUCGUCGGCUUCCCGGGCCGCUUCCACGCCUGGGACUCUUCGGCAUUAGACUGGGCAUACAAUUCCAACUACUCUUGCGAGCUUAGCAUGGUGCUCACGGGGGCAGCGUUUGUUCACAAGUACUACUUGUACCAGUACACGUACUGGAUGCCGGCUGUGAUCCGACACAAGGUGGACGAGUUGCUCAACUGUGAAGACAUUGCCAUGAAUUUUUUGGUGAGCCAUUUGACGAGGAAGCCGCCGAUCAAAGUCACGUCGCGUUGGACAUUCCGGUGUCCCGGAUGCCCUGUGAUCCUCUCGGAAGACGAGUCGCAUUUUUUGGAGCGCCACAAGUGCAUGCAGUUUUUUACGAAGGUCUACGGCUACAUGCCGUUGCUGUACACUCAGUUCCGCGCGGACUCGGUUGGGGAAUAUUGGUUGUUCAGUGAGGUUGACAAGUGCCAUGAAAUGACGCAGUUGUCGAAUGAAGCGGACGAUGAGCUGCGUCCGAGCAUUUGGCUCAAGACACGCGUUCUGUUUUGGUCGCUGUUCCACCAAGAGCAACUGUCAUGGGAUUAUGCGGCCGACGUCGCCAUGACACCGCUUUUGCGGGUUGUCGACGCCUCGCAGGACUGGCUUGGUGCGGCAUUUUUGUCGAUGGUGGUGAUACUGAAUGCGACUGUGGUAGCUGCUGUAUAUCAUCUCGGUCUGCCCUACUGGUACCAUCGGGAUUCCCUGGCCUGCAUUCUGCUUGUCCUUCUGGGACACUGGCUUCUGGUCAAUGUAGCCUUCCACCUGUGGAAGGCAGCUAGUACGAAACCUGGCUACCCCCUCCCGGGGAUGCCCUGCGUUUCCAUAUGCAAAAAGUGCGUCGCUCCGAAGCCACCCAGGGCGCAUCAUUGCUCUGUGUGCCGUCGAUGCGUGCUCAAGAUGGACCAUCAUUGUCCCUGGCUCAACAACUGCAUUGGCCUGAUGAACCGGCGUCACUUCUUCUCAUACAUGAUGUUUGUGUGGCUGGGGCUGCUGUACAUCUUAGUCUUCGGUUGGAACAUCAUUUGGGCAAUUGCGUCAAUGGACUGCGGUAGACAGAGGAACCACGCAGAGAUAGAAGCUGGGUGUUCCUUGCAGACCCCGGAUGACGUCUCUUUUGCUCACUUGUCAAAGAUGUCGCCCCUGACUCGCUCCAUCUUGGUGUUUCUCGGCUGCUGUUGCCUGGGUGGCAUGGUGAUGUUGUCUGCUUUGGGCUUCUGGCACGCGUGGCUCAUCUCCCGCGGUGAGACCACGAUUGAGUAUCACAUGAACAAGGCGGAGAACAGAAGGCUUGCAGCCGUUGGUCGGACGUUCAAGAAUCCAUACAACCUCGGAUUUUGGCAGAACUGGGGCGUUUUCUUGGGAUGUCACGAUGGCUGGUCAUUUUUGCGACGUGUAUUGAUACCCUCAGGACAUGUACCACUGGCUGAUUGCAACAGUGACGAUUAUCCUUACGCUGAAACUGGUGACCUUAGCCAAUUCCACACGGAAUUCGCUCGUGGGGAAGGAAAAAUGCAAUUGUGCUGGAUUCUUCUUGCCGCUUUGGUAUGCAUUGCGGCACUGGCUGAUGGUGCCCCUGCACCGAUGAAAUCAGACGUUCCUGAUGAACAAAAUGGGACUGGUCGCAACAGCAAGCAGAGAAUCAGGUCAAUGCUGAAGGAGCAGAAUGACAAACAAGAUGAGAUCAAGGCAAACAUGGCCUCCUUGAGGAAGGACCUGAAGGACUUGCGAGUGCGUCUCAAGGCUGCAUCCGGUGACGCUGCCAAAGAGUCUGAGCUGAAUGCUGCCAUCAAGAAGAAGAAGGAAGACUAUUAUGCCAUGCGGGAGCAGAAGAAGCAGGCGCAACGAGCCCGGAAUGAACUCAAGAACCAGCUCAAGUCCUCCAAGUCGAGCAGCAAGGACAAGAGCAAGAAGGGGAAGAGCAACAAGAACCGAGGCAAGAACAAGGACAGGAAGACCAAGGGCGAACAGUAAUACUCAUUGCAUGCUGCGGAAUCUCUGCUGAAAUGACAUGUAUUACAUUUGGUGCUGCCAAAGUCUUGACUAAUUAGUUUGCUUUGCAGCCAUCUCAUGGUUAGUAGAAACGAGGGCAUCUCAGAAUGAACAAGCCCUUUUUUUGUCGCUUUUUGAAUGUCUUCAACUCUGGCAGUUACUACGAUUUGUUGUCGUUUUUGACUUUCUCAUGUACUUGAUCGUUGGUGUAUUAAAGGAAAUUCGGAGCUGUA